AUGUUACAGCGAUUAAUUUAUAGUAGUUUUGAACUGAAAAUAUCUCGUAAAAAUUCACAGUUACUGUUUAAUAUUCCGACGAAAGCUUCAUUGUGUCAACAGUGUGGAACCAGGUUAUACUCUCGAUACAAAGCGCCAGUAAUAAGAAAUUAUUAUGAAAGAAACUUCUAUAAUAAAUAUGGGACAUUCAAUCCUAAGAUCCGGUGGUAUACAACCCAAGUGGAUGCUGAUAAGAAAAACGAGCAUAUCGGAAAUGUUGAAGAAAAAAAUGAAAUAGCAUCUACGAAAAAGAUCAAUGUCAAAUUAAAGACAUCAGAUUUAAAACGAUUAUUUUCACUAGCAGAGCCUGAAAAAUGGACCCUAGCUGGUGCUAUUAGUUUCCUGGUAGUAUCGUCUAGUGUUACUAUGGCUAUACCAUUCUCUCUGGGAAAGGUGUUGGAUAUCAUAUACAGUAGCACAAGUGACCUAGGUGCUGCCCGGGAGAAGCUGGACACUUUAUGUUUGAUGUUGUGUGGAGUAUUCCUUAUUGGAGGCCUUUGUAACUUUGGCAGGGUUUAUUUGAUGUCAAUAUCAGGACAAAGAAUGACACAAUCUCUUCGCAAGCAAGUUUAUGGAGCAAUAAUGAGACAAGAACCUGCUUGGUUUGGCAGAACUUCAACUGGAGAACUAGUAAACAGGUUAUCAGCAGACACACAGCUGGUUGGUCGGAACCUUAGUCAAAAUGUUAGUGACGGGUUGCGCUCACUCUUCAUGGUUGGUGCGGGGACUGGGAUGAUGAUUUACAUGUCCCCAUCUCUGGCGCUGAUUGGGUUAUGUGUGGUGCCCCCGGUGUCUAUGUUGGCUGUGAUAUACGGGAGAUUUGUGCGCGGUAUUACAAAGCAGCUACAGGAUGCAUUGGCUGAGUCUAGCGAGUUGGCUGAAGAGAAGAUCUCUAACAUAAAGACUGUAAAAGCAUUUAGUAAGGAAGAAGCAGAGUGUAAAACUUAUGCAAAACGAAUAGAAAAUUUAUUGACACUUGCAUAUAAGGAGUCGUUGGCUGUUGGCAGCUUCUAUGGACUGACGGGACUCGCAGGGAACACGAUAAUUAUCCUAGUCCUUUACUAUGGAGGUGGUAUGGUUGCUACAGAACAGCUCACAGUCGGUAACCUGACGUCAUUCCUUUUGUACGCUGCGUACGUGGGCAUCAGUAUUGGCGGACUAAGCACUUUCUAUACAGAACUGAAUAAAGGGCUGGGUGCUGCGACUCGACUGUGGGAUAUUAUUGAUAGACAACCUGCUAUUCCUGUCUCAGGUGGCAUGAAACCAGCACAGAGGCCUAAAGGCGAACUGAUUCUAGACAACGUAUUCUUUACGUACGCUGAAGCGCCGUUACUGAAAGGAGUGAACUUGCACCUUCGACCGGGAAGGUCAAUAGCCUUGGUCGGCAGGUCGGGAUGCGGCAAGAGUACUAUAGCUUCGUUGAUAAUGAGGUUAUAUGACCCUAAUAAGGGUAGGGUGCUAUUAGAUGGCGUGGAUAUCAAAGACUUGGAUCCCGUAUGGCUGAGGAGUCACAUUGGUUUUGUUAGCCAGGAACCAGUAUUAUUUAGCGGAACAAUAAAAGAAAAUAUUCUAUAUGGUGCUUUAGAUGAAGAUCUCGAUAAACAAUUAUUAAACGACAUAAAUGAUAAAGAAGACUUGCCGUGGAUGGCAGCAGCUCGCACGGCGCAUUUACAAGAGCUGGUGCACGCUACUAGCGACGGGUUUAACAGGCAGGUCGGCGCUAGAGGCGGACAGCUCAGCGGUGGCCAGAAACAGAGGGUUGCUAUAGCUAGGGCUAUUGUUAAGAACCCAAAAAUCCUUAUAUUAGACGAAGCUACCUCAGCACUGGACGCCUACUCCGAAUAUUUAGUAGACAACGCUCUGAAGGAAAUCAGUAAAGAUCGAACUGUUCUCACUAUUGCUCAUAGACUUAGUACUAUUCAGUCAGCAGAUGAAGUGGCGGUUAUGGAGAACGGAGUCAUCAUAGAAAGGGGACCCUACCAAGAACUGAUAACGAAACCAGGCGGUUUCUUCAAGGAACUUAUGAACCAUCAAACAUUUGCAAAGAAAAGUCACGAACCAGACGUAAAACAACCCUCAUAA